UAUUAAAAAGACAAAUUUUAACGUAAAUAAAUAAGAAUAAUGAGAGAUACCUUCCGUUAACACAUGAAUGAUAACUUCAUGUACCAUGAUGACUGAGAUUAGCUUUGUCGUUUUAAAGAUCAAUGGUGCCGAUAUAAGUCAGUUACCGGAAGAUAAAGUGGUUCAAAUGUUCCUUACUACGGGUGAGCCAUUGCUUGUGGAAAUGCAUCGGAAGCCCAGCACUACUCCAACCUGUAGCACCUCUACUAAUCCAAAUUACAAUGAAAGGGACUUCGAUGAUGUCAGCGCCAAAAUGGCGAAUCUGAAAAUUACCCCUUCUGUUAAAUCAAAUACAGAACAAUCAAUAAAAGUUGACAAUGCAGACUUAACUUCCACAAUAAAAUUGAUUGUGGCCAUAAAUUCAUCGGUGCUUACCGCGAUGGGAGAAAAUGCCGUUUCACGGGUUAGUAAAUCAACUCAAACUGAAAAUAGUUAUUUCAUCUAUGAUAACUCUAAAGAGACAUCUGAGCAUUUUAUUGAGCAUGAGCAUAACUUACUUGAGCAAUGCUUAGCACCAGAAAUUGAUAUCGAAGAAAUAACUUUACGAAAAUCCGACAGCAAUGAACGCUUGGGACUAAUUGUUUGCUAUAAUGGUUAUAUCAGCAAUGGUAAUGGUAGCGAAAAUAAUGGUGCCUUAUCUAGUUCUGAUGAUAACGACGCGUGCAUUGAAGUAUAUAUCAGCGGCGUUCAGCCAGGCAGUGUAGCCGGACGCGAUGGUCGCUUGCGUCAAGGAGAUCAAAUACUACAAAUUAAUGGGAAAUAUAUUAAGAACAAGGAAGAGACCGAACUGCUUAUUGCUGAGAAUAAUAACGCCGUAACUCUACUAGUUAGUCGAUAUCUUUUCACGGAUGAAGACGAUUUUAACGAUCCUUUGUUAGUGGAUCUUGAAGCUGAUGAUGAGGAUGAUGUUGAGGAGGAGUAUUACGUGGAAAGUAAAAUAGCUUACGAAAAUCGCCUUGUUCAAGAUGAACCCGCAAAUGAAUUAGAGAAAGUUUUAGCAAUACAUAGUGAGAGUAAGGUCAAAAAACACCAAGAUAUGUCGAUUGAGAAUCAACCAUCAGUAACGCUUAUUAAUGUCGACACAAUAUUAGGUGUAGAUACCGUCAGUAGCUUAGAACAGAAAUCUACGUGUGUUUCUUCUUACCAACCAAAGAAUGUAACCUCGACUGUUAGAAAUGAGAAAAGUUUGAAUCAGUUAUCUAGCCAGCCUGAAUGUCUUCGAAGCAUUGGCAACCUUCAUCAUAAUCUUGUGAAAAGGAAUUUACGUUCAUAUAAAAUGGAACAACCAUCAUGGAUACUACCGUCACCAUUUCGUUCCCUAAAAAACGUUUUAAAUGAUCAGCAGCAUAUCAACUAUGACACGGAACAUAUAUACGAAACCAUACCAGAGGAUUCAGAAUCAGAGCCAUUUUACUGCUCUCCUUAUGAAAGCUCAACGCAUGUAACGUCACUCGGGUCCUAUUCAUCCCCCGCUACUGGCUCACUACAACAGCAGCAAAAGAAUGUUGCAAAUUGGCUAGGCAUAUGUUCUAGUCCCACGGCUAUGACAGAAAGUGUAAUCCCAAAUACAGUUUGUGGAUCGAAAGAGGCGGUACACAGCAUGAGGGCAUGUAGCCGUAAACAACUGCAUAAUGAUAGUGGUGAAAUGAUACUUCGUAAAAAAAAUAAUACUCUCCGUAGUACCUUAACAACUAUCACAAACGGAUCGAGCAGUAGUGGCGGUAGUGUAAAUAGUGCUGCUAGUAAUAUUGCAGACGUGUCACAAAAUGAAGAACGUGAUUACUCUUCCAGUGCUUACAACACUGGAGGAUCAAACAAUAGUACAAUUCCACUGGUUUCAGGGCUUAAUCAAAACAAUGGCUUAACAGAUGAUUGGUCGAUUCCGUCGUUGAGCGGGGCUUUAGACGACCCAAUUAAAUUUUCCCCAAGUCACCUAUAUAACAACGAUUCUAAUCAAUGCCAAAUAAUUCAAAAGCAUCACUUACAUCCAGUUUUAUCACAAAACCAAAUGCAUCAUCAUCAGAACUUGUGCUGUCCCCAGUUCAUUGCUCCAAAUCUAAGUCAAUAUCAUUUUGUUAGCAGUCAAGAGGUAAGAACAGGAACUCAGCAAGUAAUGGCUGUAUCUCCUCGCGCUGCUGAAGUUGUUAAUCACAAAACGCUCUCGAAAGAAGAAAAUAUGGUGUGGAAAGUAAAACGUCGUCAGGAUGGCACUAGAUAUAUUGUACGGCGCCCUGCUCGUAAUCGCUGUCUUCUACGAGACCGCUCUAUAUGCAUUAAUACCGCAACAGUUCGUAAUAGAGACAUUUCAACUACCACUGAAGAGGAUAAUAUAUCAGACAUUAAAGUUGGCCGGUAUUGGUCAAAAGAGGAACGAAGAAAGCACAUUGAGCGGGCCCGAGAACGAAAACAACAACAUCAGCAACAACAGCAAAUUAUUGACGUUACUAAUGCAUCUAAAAUGUGUGUGAAAGAACAAUUUUCUUUAAAACUGCCUCAACAAAAAUAUGGAUUAACACAACAACAGCGGUCGAGUCAGCAAAGGUUCACAGAGUAUUCGGGUAACCAAAUUCAACAGCGAAACAUCUCUACAUCUUUGCAACAACAUUACCAACUGCAAUUCAACUCAUCAAAGAUACAGCAACAAAAACAAACUAGAAUAGUCGGACGAUGUGAUUAUAAUGGAACUAGCUGCGUUUCUGGUGUUUUAUACAAUGAAAAGCAGUUAAUAUUAACAAAAGAGCCAACGCUUGAAGCUAGUGAAAUUGAACCAUGUGGAAUAUCAACUCAAAUAGAGGAGAUCAUACCAAUGAUUGACAAAUCUAGCUGCGGUGGACUUCCUAGCUCAUUAGUUGUGUCGGGACUACAAGCUGCUGCUUCUGUUAAAAAUACUUCCACAUUCCCAGUUUCCGCUGAAGGGUGUGAAUUGCAAAACUGUAUCUCUAUUACAACCAUCUAGAGUAUUAUUGAUAUAUUUUGCGAGACAGAGGUCUUUCAUUCCAUUUUUAUUUAAAUCUGUUGUUUUCACAUCAUUUAAAACGAAAUGAUGAAAAAAAUAAAUAAUAUACUAUUCUGAA